AGCCCACUCGUUUCCAACAUCAACAACGGACAACGUGCAAAACAAAAUCUCAGGUCACAAACGACAAAUAAAUUCGUAGAUAAUGUUUAAUAGUUAAUUGAACCGAUAAACCUUCUAUUACACGAAUUGAAAGGAUGGAUCCGGAAGCAAAGGUUUCCAGCUCAAGGAGAAGAGAUCUUCCUCCAAUUCCUCAAGGACAGCGGCGGACACCUCGAGCACUGCCGUCUAUGCCAAGUCAAGACACAGCAGAAGAAAUGCCUGCUCCAAAAAGUAGGAAAAAGAAGGCCAAAAGAGAUGCGGAGAGUGUGGACGAACCUGACGAUGGUGGAAUGGAAAUGGGAGGCCUCGCCAGUCGCAGACAAUCUGAAUGUCCGGAGCCGUUGACCCCGGAGCCUCUGGACAAUCCGCCACAAAGGAGGAAAAAGAAGAAGAAAGCUCAAGCCAUCGAUGCGGAGGGAGAUCAGACAGACCUGGUGUCAAAUGGAGAUACAUUGGAUCAGAAUACUGACGAAGAAGUGACACGCAAACCGAAAAAGAGGAAGGUGAAACCUAAAGUUACAGAAACGCAGUCCAACAAUGAACUGGACGUAGAGGAUGAUGAUGUCAUCACGGACCCCCAGUCACCCAUUCCUCAGCAUUCCUUGUUCUCGGCUCCUCAGGGGCCGAGUCAGCCUGUGGGGAAGGUGUUUGUGGAGAAGAGUCGACGUUUUCAAGCGGCUGAUCGAGUGGAGCAGUGGAAGCCCAGCGGUCCGAUCGAGCAGAGCAUUAUGGACAUCCGCUCAAUGUGGACCACCAGAGACGUCUCCAUGAGAGUACACAGCGGCUUCAGGGUGAUUGGUCUGUUCUCUCAUGGUUUUCUGGCUGGUUAUGCGGUGUGGAACAUCAUAGUGGUGUAUGUGUUGGCAGGGGAUCAGAUGAGCUCUCUGUCUAAUCUGCUGCAGCAGUUUCACACACUGGCGUAUCCUGCCCAGUCCCUGCUGUACCUGCUGCUCGCUCUCAGCACAGUCUCUGCCUUUGACAGGGUCAAUCUAGCCAAAGCCCCAGCCGCUAUGAGGAGUUUACUGAGACUGAGUCCUGUAGCACUCGCCUCUGUCUUCUACUUUUCAGCUCUUGUGUUAUCAUUAAGCCAGCAGAUGACGAGUGAUCGCAUCAACCUCUACAAGUACUCCAGCUAUAACACUACUCUCUGGCCGCCAGGCUCAGAGAGCAGCAUCCUUUACCCCUGGAUCACAGUGAAUCUGGUGGUCUCUCUGCUGGUCGGCCUGGCCUGGAUUCUCAUGUCAACAAGUCCAGACAUCGACAACACUGAAGCGUUUUUAAUGUCGAUGGAAAUGGAAUAUCCAAAUUCAGAAGAAAAGGGAAACGUCACUGCAUGACAUUUUUACUGUAUUUUGAUACUGUGUCAUUGUGUAUAUAUUAGACAUGCCAAAUGCUUAUUUUUAAUAAACCGUUCUCUGUCUGAUUUA